CUAGAACGACCCAUAAAAUCCGCCGUACGGUUUUUUUAAUUAUUAUUCCUCGUUCUUAUCCGCAACUUUCUUUCCUCUUAUCACUCAAGCUGGUCGUCGUCUUGGGAAGCAAGUCACUCAGCAAUGGCGAUAAGAUCUCCUGCGGCGCGAGCUCCUCUUCGUCUUCUCCUGGCUCGACCCGGGGCGAUGGAAGGAGUCGUAGGUGGUGCUCGAGGGGGAGCUCCUCGCUACUUCAGUGAGGGCACGGGGAGGAUUCUCAGCGAGGAGGAGAGAGCCAAAGAGGCGGUCUACAUCCAGAAAAUGGAGAGGGAGCGGUUGGAGAAGUUGCGGAGAAAGUUGGAGAAAGAGAGAAUGGAAUCGGAGAAAUCCGGGGCCGACAAGAAAUCGGAGGAGCCUCUGCCAGCCUGAUGCAGCUGCACCCCUGCCCUGUUAGCUUCAAGGCUGACUUUGCUCUAUGUAUUAUGUACAUAGGUAGAAUAAUGAUGAAUAAUGUACUUAACCUGUGCUGCAUUCAAGUUUGUUGUAUGGAUAAAAGAAGUUGCUAUUGUAAUAUAAAUAAACUUUUUUCUUGAUGCCUUUU